GUUCUAUCAUGAGUUUUCUAGCUUUGUGAGCUUUGUAUAACGCUUUGUCAGUGUUUACUUUACAGAAAAGUGCAAUAUCUCAAGUGCCUCGACAUUAGCAAAAUUUCCAUUGUUUUGCAAACGGCUGUUUUAAGUGGAAUCUAACAACGAACCAACUAACAAAAAAAAAUGAGACGAGGGUCGCACGAUAUGCAAGUCAAUGUGGCUGGAAUUCGCCGUAAUUUAAAAAAUUUCGCUCACAACUACUCCGAUGCUCAGAAGAAAGUCCGCGAGGCGACUUCGAACGACCCAUGGGGACCCAGCAGUACCAUAAUGGCGGAAAUCGCCGAUCUGACAUACAACGUGGUGGCCUUUAGCGAAAUAAUGCAAAUGGUUUGGAAGCGAUUAAACGACCAUGGAAGAAACUGGCGACAUGUGUACAAAGCUCUAGUCCUUUUGGAGUAUUUGAUAAAGACGGGGUCGGAAAAAGUCGGACAGCAGUGCAAGGAGAACAUUUUUGCCAUACAGACACUGAAGGAUUUUCAGCAUUUGGAAGAGGGCAAGGACCAAGGACAGAACGUCCGAGAGAAGGCCAAACAGUUGGUGAAUUUGUUAAAGGACGACGAAAGACUGAAAAAUGAAAGAGCGCGGGCUCUUAAGGCGAAAGAGCGCUUCGCGCAAAGUGCCAGCGGAUUUGGGAGUGACGGUGGUUUGGACACACCUUGUAGCCCCAAAUAUCCGGCGUUUAGAGGCGACUGGGGCACCAGUCGUGACAUGGAACUGCCUCGAGAGAUAGAAAACGCAAGACCACAAACAGCCGGCGAAGAAGAACUGCAAUUGCAGUUGGCCUUGGCCAUGUCGAGGGAGGAAGCCGAACAAGAAGAACAAAAAAGGAAGUCGGAUGAUGUUAGAUUACAGUUGGCAUUGAGUCAAAGCCAACAAGAUUUCAAAGCAAACGAGGAGAAGAAACAUCAUAGUCACAUGGUGGACCUCUUGGACGUUAAUCUAGGGGAGACGGAGGCGCCGGUUGACCCCUGGGGUAUGCCACAGCCGCCUCGGAGUCAGUCGUUGGAUUUGAAUCUUUUUGAUUUUCUGCGGGGGCAAUCAUCCCCAUGGCAACCACCUGCCCUCUCGUCGCCCCCGAGCAGCACCCCAGCGCCGGGCGACCCCUGGCAGCCGGUGGCGGCAAUGCCCCCGAAACCGGACCCAUGGGGCGGCGUAAUGAGCGCCCCCUCGCCCCCGCAGCCGCCCCAAGCCAAGCACGACCCUUGGUCACCCACCAGUCAAAGCUCCUCUGACCUUGACGACUUUGACGUAAUUACAAAUCGUAAUCGAACCUCGCCGAAAUCAACAACAACAACGAACGGUACACACUCGAACGAUCCGUUCGAGCUGAACCUUCUGGGUGAGGCUUUGCCCCCGACAGCGCUCAGUCCCUCAACGGGGGCGACGAAAAAGACACCGCAGAGUUUCCUCGGCGAGAAUUCAGCCUUAGUCAAUUUGGAUAAUUUGGUGACGGCUAGUAAACCGGCGAACGCCCCAGCUGCUAACCCCUUCUCGGAGACUCAGCCCCAGCGCCCCGUGUUCAACACGCCGGCCCCCAAGCCGACGAUAAACGAGAUGAAACAGGCCAGUUUUGCGCAGUUUGCCACAGCCCCCAGUUCGACGGCCUAUGGGGGCUUCGGGGGGCCCGUGCAGCCGGUGCAGGACCCGUGGACGCCGGCGCCCAGCGCCAACUUGGGGGCGCCGUGGAUGAAAAGCGAACAAGCAAAUCCGUUUUUGUCUUAACGUUGGUAAAAGGCACGAUUUUUUCUUCAUACACCAAUUGUUGACACGUGUAGCUUUUUUACGUUGAUCUAAACAAAUUUGAUUUUCGCGCGGAAAUGUGAUGGAUUUAUUGCUCAUUUUUUGAUUGUUAUUAUACAAAGAACAUAUCUAUAUUUUGAUUAAAUAAAAUUUAAGAUUUUAUAACUUGCUUGCUUCAAGCUUUACUUCAGAGAUCCGUCACUUGGAAUAGACUGAUAAAUGUACAGUUUUGUAUGUCAGUGUUUGGUUCGGUUGGUAAAACUGCCUCAAUUUUAUCCGUUUACCAAAAGUCUUAUUUAUUCAAUGCCUACGACAGUAAUUUUCUAAUUUUAGUGUAUAUUUUUAGGUUGUAACCAGUAUUUUUCUGUCACUUUACAUGUUAUGUAUAGAAGAAAUUACGUAAUAUAUUGUAUUUAACUUGAGAUAUUUGUAUAUACUUCAAAUUAUUUACCGUUCAUGUUGAGUUAUGCAAUAAUAUAUUAUUUUUAAACUACUUUUAACAAACAUGUACAUAUUAACUAAUUUUUUAGGAUAGGUUUUGUAACAUAAGGAGGAAAUAGGAGCGUUUAUGAAGGGUUUAAUGGAAAUUUAUGUAUCGUGAUAGCUAUUUUCACUUACAUUCAUAAAAGAAAUAAACUGGA